AUGGCAGACCACAGGAACCACCUGGGAGUCUACCUCAGUCUUAAUGUGUUAACACCACCUGUGGUCCACACAAAGCAAGGAAGUCUGAGAGGUCAGUAUUUAAGCGUAAAGGGGAAGGAGAUUGGGGUCCAUGCCUUCCUUGGAGUACCUUUUGCCGAGCCACCUGUAGGUCCCCUGAGACUGGCCCCACCCAGACCCUCUGAGGGAUGGGAAGGUGUGAGGGAUGCUACCCAGCAACCACAUAUGUGCACUCAGUAUAAACAGCUACUUGUGGAUCUGAUGGAUGCAUUUGGCCUAACUGUUGCUAUGCCUGACAUUUCAGAAGACUGCCUUUAUCUCAACAUUUACAAACCUGCAAAAGCUUCCAAAGAUGCCAAACUCCCAGUAAUGGUUUGGAUUCAUGGUGGGGGACUAACAAGUGGUGCAGCAUCACUGUAUGAUGGCUCUGCCUUGGCUGCUUACCAGGAUGCCGUCGUGGUUCUGCUCCAGUACCGUUUAGGACCACUUGGGUUUCUCAGUACUGGAGAUGAGCACAUACCGGGGAACCUUGGCCUGCUGGACCAGGUGGAAGCCCUGCGGUGGGUCCAGAAGCACAGUCACAACUUCGGAGGAGACCAAGAUUCCGUCACCAUAUUCGGGGAGUCUGCAGGAGGAACGAGCGUAUCCAUCCUGCUCCUCUCACCGUUGUCUGUUGGUCUAUUUCACAAAGCAAUUGCUGAGAGUGGCACUGCUGCAAUGGACUUACUCUACACAAAGGAUCCUCUGCCUAUGGCUCAGAUGGCAGCCAAUAAGUCUGGCUGUGGUAUCACAAGCACAAAAGAGAUUGCUGACUGCAUGAGACAGUUGGAUAAUGAUGCUGUGCUGACUCUAGUGCAGGACCCAACGCUGAGAUUUCAGGUUAGUGCUGAUGGACAGCUGCUGAAAAAACCCGUGGAUGAGCUCCUCAAAAACCAUGAGAUUCUCAACAUUCCUUUCAUAACAGGGGUUAAUAACGACGAAGGGGGUUGGUUACUCCCUAGUUUCUUUGCUCCUCCAAACUGGACAGAAGGAAUGGACCGGAACGAUGCGAUGACAAGUCUAGCCAUAUUUUUCCCUGACCCUAAAGAUGAAGAUGUCAAAGAGGUGGUUGCAGAUGUAUAUCUGGGAACCUCUGGAGAUCGUGUGGAGGUUAGAAAUGGGUUCACUGAGCUGAUUGGAGACAUAAUGUUCACCAUUCCAGCCAUUAGAAUUGCAAAUAUCCACAGAGACGCAGGUGCCGCUAUGUUUCUAUAUGAGUACCAACACUCGGUGAAAUUCCUGCAGGAGAAAAGGCCGAGCUUUGUUAAGUCUGACCAUGGAGAUGAACUCCUUGCAGUAUUAGGAUUCUGCUUCACCACUAACCAUGUCAAAAUCACAGGUUUGUGCACAGAAGAGGAGGAACACCAUAGCAGAAUCGUGAUGAGCUAUUGGGGCAACUUCGCUCGCACAGGGUCUCCUAACGGGGCUGGCUUGGUCCACUGGCCACAGUAUGGAGCAGAAGAAGACUACCUGUCCAUUGGGUUGAAGCAAGUCCCUGGUCAACACCUGAAGAAGGAUCGUUUCAUCUUCCUGACUCAAACCAUCCCCGAAAUGAUUCGUCAGCGUCAACAGAAGAAGAAGCACAAUGAGCUAUAAGUGACUCCUCACUCGAAAGCAUUUCCAUUUUGAAUACUUCACAAUUAACCCACCAGUUAAGCCAUAAUGUCAAAUGGAGACUUGCAGCCAAUCAGAAAACGUUGUGAGAUAUAAUACUGUUUACAAGUUCCUGUUGCUUUCACCGUACACUUGCACAUUUUUAAAUCCACAAAAAUCAUUCACAAUCAAUACAACAAAUAUGAUACAUACAACAACAAGAAAAGCUUAUGCAAUGCAGCCAGUGUGUGUGGUUCAUCUACUAACGGGGAGCGUGGGCUGGGUUAAGACCAUCAUUAAAUGUUAAUCUGUGUAUGUGUGUGUAAGGGAGAGAGAGUAACCCGAAACCACGUACCAUGUGGGGACCUUUUAUGGGUCCCCAUGAGGGAAACGGUCUAUUUUAGUGUUAGGACUUGGGUUUAGGGUUAUGAUUUGGGUUUAGGGUUAGGUCUUGAGUUUAGGGUUAGGACUUGGGUUGCACGGGUGGGUAAUCUUAUCCAGAAAGGGCCAUUGAAGGUUUUUGUUCCAACCAACCAAUUACACACCUGUGUCUCUUAAGUUCCUCAGCAAAGACCAUACUAAUUGAUUAGUGGGAUCAGGUGUGUAACUGCUUGGUUGGAACAAAAACCUGCACCCACACCAGCC